UUGCUCUCAUUCUUAAGAACCAAGAUUGUGCUUCAACAGCAGCUGUGUCCUGAUCCUCUUGUCUUAGGUGUAAGGAGUUUUUAGCUUCCUGCUUAUGUUGUUUUGUUGCUGUUACUUUAGUUCAUCCAUUGUUUAUUAAUAUCUUAGUUAAUUCUUGCGUGCUGUUACAUUUAGAUAUUUUUGCCGGAUUUCCUCCCUGUGUUUCUUUUCGUCUGCUCCUGCUCAUUUUCUCCUCUUCCUCAGCUCUCUCUUUCUUGUUUGGUCUCAGCUGUUUUUCAUACUCACCUGAUUACCCUGCUCCUGCUUGCCCAGCCUCUCUCUUCACUUUCUCCCUCUAUGUAAGCUGUUUGGUUUUCAUUUGUUCUUUGCUGGAAUCUACUGUUUGCUACUUUGCAUCCAAGUCUGAUGCCCUGCCUGUGUUCCAUAUACCAAUUCUGCCCCACCCAAACACACAUUAUGGAGCUCAUAAAAGAUUUGGGCUUAGAGGUGUAUCCACAGUUCAAUGUCGGGAAAAAGGUGCUUCAUGUGGGUGGGCCCACCUGCAAAGUGCGGAUGUACCGGACGAGCAUCCCCGCUCUGUCUCCUCUGUUGCUCCUGGACUUCUCCCAGCUACUGUGGAAGAUUAACAGGCUGUGCAGAACGGUGUGUGUUCAGGAUCUGCUUAGAACUCCCAACGCGGCAGAGCUGGACAGCAUGACUCUGCAUUCCUACAUUGAGAAAAAUGCUUGGACCCAAGAAAUGAAGGAACAAAUAGGAGUGUGUAGCAGGUCCGUCUUUGGUGUGGAACCUUGCCAGAUGUCCUUUCUGUUCUUCCUCAUGUAUGCUGCUGCAGCUGGAGGGCUCCUGGCUCUUCUGGAGAGCACUCCUGGUUGUGCUCAGGAGUUCAAGAUAAAGGGAGGCACCCAACAACUUUCUGAAUGUCUGGCACAGCGGGUUGGCUGGAAGAAUGUUCGGCUGGGCUCUGCUGUGAUGGCCAUAUGGCAGGAUGCAGAGUGGGCCAGGGUCAUGACCACCAACGACACCUUCUUGUGCAGGGCUGUGAUCGUCACUUGCCCCCCUCAUUUGGCAGCAAAGAUCCAGUACCAGCCAGCGCUGCCCAGCAUGAGAGAAUUCCUCACCCAGAACAUGCCUGUUGGCCAUAUGAUGAAGUUUAUUGUUACAUAUCAGACGGCUUUUUGGAAAGAGAAGGGCUUCUCCGGGGAAAUCGUGGCAGGGUCGUCCACCCAUUGUCCGUUCUGUGUCACCUUUGACGCCACCAGCCCACGUGGGAGCCCGGCUCUGGUGGGCUUUAUUUCUGGCCAGCAGGCUACUCUUUGGAGUACGAAAGAGGCUGGAGAAAGAAGGGAAGCUGUGCUCUCAAGUCUGGUGAAGUAUCUUGGUCCUGAGGCUGCAUCGUGCAUCCACUUUGAAGAGAAAGACUGGGCUAAGGAGGAGUACAGCGGCGGCUGCCCUGUCAAUGUCAUGGCACCUGGUCUGCUAACAUAUUACCAGCCGAGCCUCAGGAAGCCUUGUGGCAGGAUCCACUGGGCUGGCACUGAGACUGCCACACAGUGGUGUGGCUACAUGAGUGGUGCCGUGCAAGCGGGUCAGCGAGCAGCUCUGGAAGUGCUGGCUGUAGUCUGCCACAUGACCCUGACAGCAGAGGAGAAGGAAGCUCUGAUCCAGGGUCAAACUGUCAGGAGUCCUCCAAAGCAAACCCCGUUGUCUGAGCUCCUCAAGCCACUCAUAAAAAAGUCUGUGGUGAUACCAGUACUGAUGAUAAGUGCUGCUCUCCUGCUGGCUCAGCAUCCAAAUGUGCUGGUAAAAAUCAAAACUUACAUAACAAAUACUUUCUAAACAAGCAAGCAUAAUUCAGUGCUAUUGUAACAAAACCUGUUGGAGUUAUGUCCAUUCCAGCUAGAAAAUUUACAAAACUAAAGUGCAGUCAUGGCCAGGAGGAAUGACUGCUACAAGUCACUCCCUCCCUGUUGGAUGGAGUAAGGGGGAGUGAAGUUUAGCCUAAACCGACUCAGUUAUGGUUGAGGUGCAAACCUGUGCGACCCCUUCUCUUUUCCAAUGGUUAUAAACAGUCUGUCCGAGAGAUGUACCUCCAAUCCUUGUGGUUUUUAGUCUAACAGUGGCUACAACUGGCCUCUAGAUGGACAAACUUCAUCAGUUUAUUAUUUUACUUAGUACCCCUACACAUAGCCCGUUCUAAAUUGGCCAAACUCUAACACUCAGUAGUUAAUUCUAACCUCCCCAACAACCCCACACUUUGAAGUGCCUUGAAACGACAUGUGUUGUGAAUUAUAAUAUAAAUAUAAAUAAAAUAUAAAUAUAUAAAUAAAACUGAAUUGAAAAGUUUAAUCAAAUAUGUUGUGUUUUACCAGCUUCAGUUUUCAUGUUGGUGUUUGUCAAGUUUAGAUCCAUGAAAUUCUAUUAAAGUGCCUGUGACAUGGAAUUUUUAUGAUAAAUCUAAUAAUAUAUGUGGAAAGGAAACAUUGAUAAAAUAUUUUGAAAAGUUAAUUGAUGCUGCUAAUAUGAAUAGUUUCUGAGAUACAUGGUCAUAAAUUUCACUCAAAAGACACAUCCAGACCACUCUUUUGCGAUUUUGUGGCGCUCUUUUAUGAGGUGAAUGCCGCCUGUAAACUGACCGCUGCUACAAUGGCUGACAACGAAGACCGCAGUGAAGAAUCCGAUGUUUCUUUGGAUAUAUUUCAGUCACUAUCAAAGAGAGACGAAGCAGAGUCAGAAGAAGAAACUCAGCUGUCAUCAGUGGCAGAGCCCAUUUUGGGUGAUGCUCCUUAUAUGUUGGAGAUGCUAGCAGAGACAACCGCGCCACCUGGCAGUGAAACAAGCCAUGGCGAAGCUGAGCAGUAUGGAGUAGUAGCAGCAGACACAAUGGAUGAUUCAAUGGUUUAAAAUUACCUGGUGUGUCAUUUGUUUAAACUUUAUACUAGAAUCAUUAGAGAAACAAUGAUUUAUAUAUAUAUCUAUAUAUAUGUAUUGUAUGGGUGUGUAAUUAAUUUUAAUAAUAAAACUUUGGCUUAUUAUUAUUAAUAAUAAUAGAAAUUUAAUUUUGGAUUUUUAAUUAUUAACAAUAACUAUCAACUACAUUUGCAACAAGAAAGUUUUCUUGAUCCGUUUAGCUACAGCAGCAACAACCUUUUCGUUGGCGAAUGUUUUUCCCAUCAGAUGCUCUGAACAGUGUGGCUACAGCAUCUGCUUCAACAUUGUCCUUCGUCUGUCA